UUCAGUAUGAAAAUUUUAAUAAUGGCGAGUGAAUAAAAUUACGGAAAAUGUGCAAGGGAAGAAAAUUAUUUAUAAAUAAUUAUAGUGCGUAAAACACAGCUUUGUGAUAUAUGUGUAUAAUGCUAAAGACAAACACAUAAAAAAAUAAAUAAAACUAUGGUUUUUAAUAAAAAAUAAUAAAAGAAAAAACCUUUAAACAAAAUGAGAAAUAUGAAAACAUCAAUGUCGGCAUUAAAAAUAUUUUGUUGCCUCUUUUCUGUUUUUAUUGCAUCAGCGCAAAUUUCGUUAGCUAAAACGGCAACAGCGGCUGACUCAGGAAAACAGAAUGGUGUUGAAAAUGACCCCGGUUCCGUAAUACAAGAAAGUGUGCCCAAAGAAGAUUGUACCGAUUUGGCGCGUGAUGAGGAAACAUUAAUGGUUUUUUCCACUUUGGGGGGUGGAUUGACAGCAAUAGAUCCAAUAACAAGUGAAAUACGCUGGACAAUAGCAGAUGAUCCGCCAAUACGGGCUGAACAGCAGCAGAAUGUUCAUGUACCACAGUAUUUGCCAGAUCCAAGAGAUGGUAGCAUAUAUCAAAUGGGUGAUAUGGGAAGUGUAAAAAAAUUGCCAUACACAAUACCACAAUUGGUUGCUAGCGCACCAUGCCGUUCUUCGGAUGGAAUUUUGUAUUCAGGCAAAAAAAGUGAUACAUGGUUUAUAGUAGAUCCAAAAUCUGGUCGACGUGAAAAAGUUAUGGACUUUGGUGGUUCUGUUGAUGGUUCAAAAAUAAAUGGUGAAAAAAUUGGAUGGGCAACAUCGCGUUCGAUUUAUCUUGGACGUACACAGUAUACAGUAAUGAUGUAUGACAGUUUGGCAAAAGAUAAGAAUAAGAAGCCAUGGAAUAUAACAUUUUAUGAUUAUAGUGCAUUAACAAUGACGGCAGAUAUAUCAAAGGAAUAUGAAUAUUUACAUUUAACUACUACAGCAAAUGGUAAUCUUGUCACCUUGGAUCGUAAAAGUGGAAAAUUCAUAUGGAAGCGUGACUUAACUAGUCCUGUUGUGGCUGCAUUUUUAUUGGGUUCAGAAGGGUUAUUGAGUGUACCUUUUACUACAGUAUCUGACGAGGCAUUUAUGUCUAUUUUGGAGGAGUCAAAAGGUGGAAAUGUGAAUACUAUAAAGCUAUUUCAAUCGUUAUAUGUAGGAGAACAUAGUCACGGUUUAUAUGCUAUACCUUCUUUGGUAGAUAAAAAUACGCCUAGCAUUACCACAACACCACCCAUUAAAUUAUUAGGGGGCCCAGAAACUACUAAGGAAUCUGAUGAAAAUAAAGUAUUUAUCAAUGAUGUUAUACAAAAUAAUGCUGGCAUAGUUCUCGGUCAUUAUGAAGUACCGAAUGAUCUGAAUUUGCAAAUAUCACCAAGUCCAGCAAAAGAUGAAACAAAUCAUGGUUUAGCCACGAUACAUAAACUUUCUGAUGAAACAUUAAGGGCUGCAAAUGGGUUCACAAUAUUAACAGGCGGCAAUAGUAAAUCCAAUGCCGACAUUGGUGUACAAACAGAUCCAGUGGUUGAUAUAAAAAUAGAAGCAAAUGCAUUUAACAAAACAAAAAAAAUCAUACUUGCUAAUAGCAAUAAAAUACAAAAAUUUAUAAAUGAAUGGUUUAUGGAUCAUCCCAGUAGUAAAGUUCAUCAGAUACUGUUUGUUUUGGUUAUUGCUAUGUUGGGCAUGUUUUGGUAUAUGUUCAGUACUAUGCGUGAAUUAAAAAAUCAGAGCGAAAAUGGUUCAAAAACAUAUGCUACAAAUAAAAGUAGCAGUGGUAGUAGUACAAUCAGUACAGAAGAUCUAAUUGAUUUGGGUGAUGGACAUAUACGAGUAGGAAAAAUUGCGUUUAAUUCUAAUGAAGUACUUGGAAAAGGUUGCGAAGGCACAUUUGUCUUUAAAGGUACUUUUGAAGAACGUUAUGUAGCUGUAAAACGUUUAUUGCCUGAAUGCUUUACUUUUGCUGAUCGUGAGGUGGCAUUAUUACGUGAGAGCGAUGCGCAUGAGAAUGUUGUACGUUACUUUUGUACAGAACAGGAUCGUCAAUUUCGUUAUAUUGCUGUAGAGCUGUGUGCUGCAACAUUGCAGGAUUAUACAGAAGGUGAAAGUAGCUUAGAUUUUCGCAAACAAAUUGAUGUGUGGAGUGUAUUGCGACAAGCUGCAUCGGGACUCUAUCAUUUACAUUCCUUAAAUAUCGUCCAUCGCGAUAUUAAACCCCAAAAUGUUUUGUUAUCACUGCCUGACAUAAAUGGGACAGUGCGUGUUAUGAUUUCUGAUUUCGGGUUAUGUAAGAAAUUAAAUUUCGGCAAAACUAGUUUUUCCCGUCGUUCUGGAAUUACUGGUACAGAUGGUUGGAUUGCUCCUGAAAUGAUGCGCGGUCAGAGAACUACUACUGCUGUUGAUAUAUUCUCCUUGGGUUGUGUUUACUAUUAUGUACUUAGUGGAGGUCAACAUGCAUUUGGCGAUGCAUUAAAACGUCAAGCCAAUAUUUUAUCAAAUGAAUACAGCUUAUGUAAGCUUAAAGAUGAUGUUGAUACAUUGCAACAAAGUAAACUGAUUUUAGCUGAACAACUGAUAGCUGACAUGAUACACAAUGACGCACAGUGUCGGCCUUUGGCACGUUCAAUUGGUAACCAUCCAAUAUUUUGGAAUGAUCAAAAAAUAUUGGCAUUUCUGCAAGAUGUUAGUGAUCGUGUAGAAAAAUUACAAUUUCAUGUAGAACCUUUAAAAAGCUUAGAAAAGAAUGGUCGAAUAGUAGUGCAUGAAGAUUGGAACCUGCACUUAGACCCUUUAAUUACAGAUGAUUUGCGUAAAUAUCGUGGUUAUAUGGGCGCAAGUGUACGUGACUUACUGAGGGCUUUACGAAAUAAAAAACACCAUUAUCAUGAAUUAACCGACGAAGUGCAAAAAUUACUUGGUAGCAUUCCACAUGAAUUUACCCAAUAUUGGAUAAAUAAAUUUCCACAAUUAAUAUCGCAUGCAUAUCAUGCGUUUCGUAUUUGUUCAAACGAACCUAUUUUUAAACCCUAUUAUAAUAACGAUUAUUAUUUUACACGUCCAGAGUAUUUCGAAGCAGAUGAUGAGCUAUUCCCAUCAUUGAUGCUGGAUCCAAAGCCAUUACUUAAGCAAAAUGCAGGUAAUGGUAGUCCAAAGCGGACUCCUCAACGUACACCAGAUAACAAACAACAACAACAGCAACAUAUAAAGAAUCGUAGAGGUGUUUAUAAUUUUCGGAAAGGUAAUAAUGAUGAUGGAAGUGGCAAUGCUGCAUUACCUGGUGUUGGUUUACUACGUAAUGUUAAUGUUAAUGUAAAUCCAAGUGGAUCAAUGGUUGAAGAUCAAGAUGAUAAUAAUAAACGCGAUUUAUUCGCAAAUUUUAAAUUUAAAAGAUAUCAGAAAACUUCUAAUCGUAAUUACAACAAUUAUAAUAAUAAUAAGGAUAGAAGUGUUACUUGGACAAUACCUACGCAAAAUGAUGACAUAUAAUUUUUAUUUUACAAAACUAUAGUCUAAAUUUAGAUUAAAAUAUAUACUGAAGAUAUGCAAUAUAUUGUAUAUUUGCAUAUGAUUGGAAACUGCAUAGGAUUGAAUAUAAUAUAUAAUUUCUAAAUUAUUAUUGAUAUUGUUGGUAAUUCAAAGUUGUAGAUGUAGUUUCAUCACACAGAUAUAAAGAAAGUAUAAAUAAUAGCUUGUGUCAAGCUAACCUUUACUUAAUUCUCUUUGACUAUUUGAGCGAAUUUUAUAAUUAAAAUGAAUAAAAUUAUCAACCUAAAUUUA